AUGUUUGAUCAAACCGAGUGUCCGAUCUCCAAUGCCAUAAAGGAUUUUACUGAUUACUUUCCCUUCCCUCCUAGCAAACGCAAGGGAUUAGAGAAAGCCAUCCACCAAAUUGAACAGGCUAUCAAAAGGCCGAAAGUGGACUCUGCUGAUCCUGAUGAUGCUCAGAAAGCCAUAACGGGCUUACAAGAGCUUCUCACUCAAUUCCAGGGGCAAUUACAGAGCGAGUCGGACAGUUUCCUAGAUAGCCGGGGACGAGCGGGGAACCUGCCGUCUCCGCGCGACGCUAAUGCAGAUGAAAGUCUUGCUCUUGAUGAUGCCGAGAAUCCCUUGCAGCUUCUUGCGCGCGCAUCAGAUCUGCAACUAUCGCCGACUGGCGUGCGCAGGACACAAAAGUCUCCGCAGCCGACGUUAGUGACGCCGUCAACGCAGGAGAUUAGCACCGUGGAUUCUGGUGCGAGAUCUUUUUUUGUACCUACGACGGCUUACUUGGAUAUUGGAUCGGAUCUUGACCCCGUUGAUUUGGGGUUGGUUACUUUUGACGAGUCGGAGUCAUUAUUCUCAUUCUUUUAUCAAAAUCUUGCUCAUACAAGAUGGGGACUAGAUCCCCUAGUGCACACCGCAAGCUUUGUGCGCGCUCAGUCUGCCUUUUUGUUCACUUCGAUUCUUGCUGCCGCGGCUUUGUUCUUACCCUCCGCUGCAGCUUUAUCGAAGCGACUGGGCAGGCAUUGCAAAUGGCUAACAAAGCAGGUGAUGAUACGUCGGCAUCGAUCUGUGGAAAUAGUACUCGCUUUCAUGGUCAAUGUACCAUGGAUGCCACCUGGAGAACGACUGGGUGACGAUGACACAUGUUCAUAUAUUGCUAUGGCGCUAACUGUGGCGUUGGAUUUAUCUUUGAAUAAGAUCGUCACGCCGUCAUCGAGUUUUGAUCGGGAUAUUUUGAGUCGCCUUGCUCGGGCUGAUUGUAUUGAUGCAAAGAGAGCAUUGCAUAUGGAUGGGUUUCAUGACGUUGACCCUGACUCUCAGUGGGGACGUCGACUAUUACGGAGACGCGAGAGGACAUGGAUUGCCUUAUUUGUUGUUGAAAGAGGCGUUUGCCUUGCGCGCGGCAGAAGUUAUACAGUGCCUCCAGCGGCGCUUCUCGAGCAUUGUGAUCUAUGGCAUCACUCAGAUAUUGCAGAUCGACGGGAUGGCCCAAUGAAUUCAAUGGCUAUUCUACGAAGAGAUCUUGAUGGACUAUUUCGAAAAGUUAAGUCGAGCUGUGAUAGCUAUCGAGUUGUUGAUACCGGAUCUGAGGCCGCACAAUCGAUCAAAUCAACUAUUGAAAAUUUCUAUGAAAACUGGUAUAACACUUGGGCGUUGGCGAUCAGCGAAGGUGGAGCCCGUUCCCUUCCGCCUUAUGUUGAGAUUCUAGUGACACACACCCAGCUAUCAACAUAUGGCGGUGUCAUCAAUCACCCUACAGCGCCACUCGAAGUGAAGCGCUUCUUCCGCGCAGCCAGUCUCUCCGCUGCACUCAACGUUCUCCGGGCCGCUAUCCAAGGCGAAGUCCGGUUAAAGUCCAUGCCCAAUAAUACCGUUAUCAUGAUCUCCUUCGCUGCCUGCUCUGCACUUAGCCUAAGCAUCACGCCUGGCGAUAGCAGAUCCAGCCUAGCACCAAGUGUGCGAACCCUCAUCGAAGAAACCGCCGGAGUUCUCGAACGAAUCGGUGCAACACCAACCCAUCGGAAUGGCAGUUCAGUUCUAUACGGGCGCUUUCUACGAGAACUCAUCCGGCGAAAGCCUAACAUUUCCAACAUCCAACCUGGAAGACAUCUAGAUCACCCCGAUUCGAUACUUUCAUCCACGCUAGACCAAGGUACUUCUUUACCAGUAACCCAGCCUGAUCUCUCGACGGAUAUCUGGACCGAGCCUAUGCAAUUCUCCGCCAUGUCAGACGACCAAAUCAUUGAUGCGGUUAAUCGAGCUGGAAGUGCGUUUGGAGCAUCGAUUCCUGAUGUGUCUGUGGAUGAUAUGUUGAGCUGGGAUUGGCUUGAUUUUGCCAAUACUGACUUUGGGCUAUAG